GGGACAGAAGACCACAAUGGUGAGGGGUCUGUGGGGACAGAGACCUGCAGGAACGGGGACCCCAGAGAUGGGGAAAUAUGGGAAUGGGGAUCAUGGGGACAGGGAGCCCUAGGGAAGCACAGGGAUGGGGACCCACAGGAUGGGGACCUGCAAGGAUGAGGACCCAUGGGGGAUAGACCCACGGGCAUGAGGGGUCCAUGGGGACAGAGCUACGGGAACAGGAACAUGUGGGGAAUAGGGGAUGCACAGGGGUGGGGACCCAUGGGGACAGGGGCAGUAGGAGCCCCCUCCUCACCUCUCCCCAUGUCGGGGACCUGGGACACCGGGUGCUGGCGUGGGCUCCAGCCCCCAAUCCUACGUGGGGCACAGGGGCCGGGUCUGUCACGCGGUGACCCCUGGGCUCGUUAACAUUUGACGAAGGGACCCGUUUGGGUCCACUGCCCCACGCAGUGGGUCCUCUGCUGUCCGUAGGGGUUCUGCAACAGCCACCGCGCUGCAUCUGCUCCCCUAAACCGGGCACGAAAACCCCAUUGUCCCCAAAGGGAAGGAGACCAUGGCAGCCCCAUCCGUGGGACGUGCACUCUGUCCCCAACCCCGUCCCUAUGUCACGCAUCAGCCCCUUUCGUGGCCCUGUGUGGUGAAGCCGCUCCUGGCUCUGCCCGCGGUGCCCCCGCUCCCUCCCAGUGCUCCCAGUGCCAGGGCUCUGCCCAGUCCAAAGUCACAGCGGUGGCAGCGCGCAGCUCUGGGGGGGCCAUGCCUGCUCCCCAGGUGCUCCCCAGCCCCAGCGAGGCUCUGCCGGGCAGAGCGGGGCGGCUGCAGGUGGCGGCCACCCACGCCGUCACCGGGAACCCCACGCUGCCCCCGUUUCCCCCUGAGAUGCAGGUGGCGAUUUUUGGCAUGGGCUGCUUCUGGGGAGUGGAGCGGCUCUUCUGGGAGAUGCCGGGGGUCUUCUCCACCCAGGUGGGAUACGCGGGGGGCUUCACCCCCAACCCCACCUAUGAGGAAGUGCGCACAGGGCGGACGGGGCACGCCGAGGUGGUGCGGGUGGUGUUCGACCCCCACCAGGUCAGCUAUGAGGAACUGCUGAGGGGCUUCUGGGAGAACCACGACCCCACACAGGGGAUGCGGCAGCAGGAGGACGUGGGCACCCAGUACCGCUCCAUCAUCCUCACACUGAGCCCCCAGCAGCAGGCGGCCGCGCUCCGCAGCAGGGAUGCUUACCAGCGGGAGCUGAGUCAGCAGCACCAAGGGGACAUCACCACCACCAUCGAGCCGGCGGGUGACUUCUACUACGCUGAGGACCGCCACCAGCAGUACCUGCACAAAGUGCCCGGGGGGUACUGCGGCCUGAAGGGCACCGGGGUCCCCUGCCCCAUCGCGCCUUGAGGCCACCACGCGUCCCCAGUGGGGUGUCCCUGUGUCCCCACGGUGCCACCCACGCUCCAUGUUGGGGGAUUAAAGCCGUGUCCUCCCCAUCACCCGGUCCUGUGCUGUCCCAUGCGGGUCUG